AUGCCCCAGGCUGGCUCUCCCUUCUCUUCCCCUGGAGCCGCAAAGGCUAACAACGUCCUCUCCCCCUUCAAAAACAGCCAGAACGCCGCAACCCUCCUCGCCAAAAACUCGCCCACCGCCUCGUCGUCCAAGAAGGCCAACCUCAACAACCUCACCCAGUCCCCGAAGGCCACACCCGCAGCCGCAGCCGCAGCCGCGAAACCGGCAAAACCAUCGACACCCUCCGGUAGUGGUGGCGCUGGCGGAAGCGGCAGCGGCAGCGGCAGCAGCAGCGGUGUCGCCCGCUCCUUUUCCGGCGCCUCGUCGCCCUACAGCCAGAGGAUAGCCAGCCUGGCCGCCGCUGCCACCGGCCAUGCCGUCUUCGAAUCCCCGCUCCUACCGAGGGAACAGGAGACGACCUACCACCGCAAGCUCAGAACACUCCUGCAGCAAUACGCCGCUCAGGCAGAGGCAUGGGAAGAGGUCGUCACCUACGACGGCCUCAAACACGCAAAGCAGGCGCUCGACGCCUGGGAGGACCUAGAAUCUGCGAGGAACCUCGGUGCAAGCUCCUCGUCGUCCGGGCCACGGCCAAGGCAGUGGAAGACGGCCGCCAUCGCCAACCAGCCCGCAGCUCACGAUCCCGUGACAGGACCCGGCGGCCUCAAGGAGCGGCGGAUGGCGGAUGCGCUGCUGGCAAUCGAACGGGCAGAGGUCGGCCUCGCAGACGUGACGACGAGACUCGACAAACACCUGGCCAAGAUUGUACAGACGAGCGACGCCAUCGCCGCGCUGCUGCCAGACGCUGCAAAGGCCAGAGGGCUCGAGUUUGCCUUUCAGGAGCCAAUGUGGGGCACGUGGCCGUUGGAACGCUUCGUCUCGUACAUUACCGGCGUCACACCGUCGUAUGUCCUAUCGACAUCCCACCUGGCACUGCUCGUGCCCAUCCUGCUGCGGCCCAAGGCCUCGCCAGCGCCCUCGUCUUCGGAUCCCAACAGAGUGUCGAAGGCGAGCUUCGCGCGCGAAGAUUCGGCGUCCAAGGACGGCAAGCCGGCGGAUCCCAACGCUCAUCGGAGAAAGGCGUUCGAGGACUGGAUCGCGCUGCCCCAUCUCGAGACAAAGGGGCGCGGCAGCAUGGCCUGGUUCGAGGCCGUCUGUCGGGUCGAGGUCGGCAAGUACCUGGAGUAG